AGCAUGUCAGGACUUCACCUUGUGAAGCAGGGUAGGGACCGCAGACGUAUCGACCUGCAGAGGGAUUUUACUGUUGCUUCUCCAGCUGAGUUUGUCACCCGCUUUGGUGGAAACAAAGUCAUUGAGAAGGUCCUCAUUGCAAACAAUGGCAUUGCUGCAGUCAAGUGCAUGCGCUCUAUCCGACGCUGGGCUUACGAAAUGUUUCGGAAUGAACGGGCCAUACGCUUUGUUGUCAUGGUUACCCCAGAGGACCUUAAAGCUAAUGCAGAGUACAUCAAGAUGGCAGAUCACUAUGUGCCUGUGCCAGGAGGGACAAACAACAACAACUACGCUAAUGUGGAACUCAUCUUGGACAUUGCGAAACGAAUUCCUGUUCAAGCUGUGUGGGCUGGCUGGGGUCAUGCCUCUGAAAAUCCCAAACUUCCUGAAUUGCUGCACAAGAACGGCAUCGCCUUCAUGGGUCCUCCAAGUCAGGCUAUGUGGGCUCUCGGGGAUAAGAUCGCUUCCUCUAUUGUGGCCCAGACAGCAGGCAUUCCCACACUACCCUGGAGUGGAACAGGACUGACUGUAGAGUGGACAGAGAAUGACCAGAAGAAAGGGAUUAUUAAUGUUCCUACUGAGCUAUACGAGCAAGGCUGUGUGCACGACGUGGAGGCUGGACUGAAGGCUGCUGAACAAGUGGGCUUCCCUGUGAUGGUGAAGGCAUCUGAGGGCGGAGGAGGAAAAGGGAUCCGGAAAGUCAACUGUGCAGAAGACUUCCCCAACCUCUAUAGACAGGUUCAAGCUGAGGUUCCAGGUUCCCCCAUUUUUGUCAUGCAAUUGGCCAAACAUGCUCGUCAUCUGGAGGUUCAGAUCUUGGCUGAUCAGUACGGUAAUGCCAUCUCUCUGUUCGGCCGUGAUUGCUCCGUGCAGCGCAGACACCAGAAGAUCAUUGAAGAAGCCCCGGCUACUAUCGCUACAUCAGACGUUUUUGAAGAUAUGGAGAAGUGUGCUGUGAAGUUGGCGAAGAUGGUGGGCUAUGUGAGUGCGGGUACAGUGGAGUAUCUGUACAGUCAGGACAGCAGCUUUUACUUCCUGGAGCUCAAUCCACGUCUUCAAGUGGAACAUCCUUGUACUGAGAUGGUGGCUGACGUUAACCUGCCAGCAGCUCAACUGCAGAUCGCUAUGGGCAUCCCACUUCACCGUAUUAAAGACAUCAGAGUGCUGUAUGGGAUGCAGCCAUGGGGAGAUUCCCCCAUUGACUUUGAUGGACUCUCUACCACCCCCUGUCCACGAGGACACGUCAUCGCAGCUCGAAUUACCAGUGAGAACCCAGAUGAGGGUUUUAAACCCAGCUCUGGAACUGUCCAGGAAUUAAAUUUCCGCAGUAACAAGAAUGUGUGGGGCUACUUCAGCGUGGCGGCAGCUGGAGGACUGCAUGAGUUUGCAGACUCUCAGUUUGGCCACUGCUUCUCCUGGGGAGAGAACCGUGAGGAAGCCAUCUCAAACAUGGUGGUGGCCCUCAAGGAGCUGUCCAUCAGAGGAGACUUCAGGACUACAGUGGAGUAUCUCAUAAAGCUGCUUGAAACGGAGAGUUUCCAGCACAACAGCAUUGACACAGGAUGGCUGGACAGGCUCAUCUCUGAGAAGAUGCAGGCAGAGCGUCCUGAUACUAUGCUGGGGGUAGUAAGUGGAGCUCUGCAUGUGGCUGAUGUUAACUUCAGGAACAGUGUGUCCAACUUCCUGCACUCACUGGAGAGAGGGCAGGUUUUACCAGCACACACGCUGCUGAACACGGUGGAUGUGGAGCUUAUCUACGAAGGCACCAAGUAUGUGCUGAAGGUGACCAGGCAGUCUCCUAACUCUUAUGUGGUCAUCAUGAAUUGCUCUUCGGUAGAGGUGGAUGUUCAUCGCUUGAGUGACGGUGGUAUGUUGCUCUCGUAUGAUGGCAGCAGCUACACCACCUACAUGAAGGAGGAGGUGGACAGGUAUCGCAUCAUUAUCGGGAAUAAGACGUGUGUGUUUGAAAAGGAGAACGACCCUUCAGUCCUUCGCUCUCCCUCUGCUGGGAAACUCAUUCAGUAUACAGUGGAGGAUGGAGGACACGUGUUUGCUGGACAAUGUUAUGCAGAGAUAGAGGUGAUGAAGAUGGUGAUGACUCUGACGGCCUCAGAGUCUGGCUGUAUUCACUAUGUGAAGAGAGCAGGUGCAGUGCUGGAGCCUGGCUGCAUCAUUGGCAAACUGCAGCUAGAUGACCCCAGCAGAGUACAGCAGGCGGAGUUGUAUACAGGAACUUUACCCAGCAUUCAGUCUGUGGCUCUCAGGGGAGAGAAGCUUCACAGAGUCUUCCACAGCACUCUGGGUCACUUAGUGCACAUUAUGAACGGCUACUGUCUGCCAGAGCCUUUCUUCAGUGCCAAGCUGAAAGAAUGGGUGGAGCGUCUUAUGAAGACUCUGAGGGACCCCUCCCUACCCCUGCUGGAGCUUCAGGACAUCAUGACCAGUGUUUCAGGCCGAAUCCCUCCUGCGGUGGAGAAGGCCAUCAAAAAAGAAAUGGCUCAGUAUGCCAGCAACAUCACCUCUGUCCUCUGCCAGUUUCCCAGCCAGCAGAUUGCCAAUAUACUGGACAGUCAUGCUGCCACGCUGAACAGGAAGUCAGAGAGAGAGGUCUUCUUCAUGAACACACAGAGCAUCGUGCAGCUGGUUCAGAAGUACCGCAGUGGCAUCAGAGGACAUAUGAAAGCAGUGGUGAUGGAUCUCCUCAGGCAGUAUUUGAGAGUGGAGGUUCAGUUUCAGCAUGGUCACUAUGACAAGUGUGUAUUUGCACUACGAGAGGAAAACAAAGUAGACAUGGCCAAUGUGCUCAACUACAUAUUCUCUCAUGCCCAAGUCACAAAGAAAAACUGUCUGGUCACCAUGCUGAUU